AUGGGUGACGCGAUUUUUAACGACAAGCCGCUAACAAACGGCUACCACGAUGUGCCCGGCGCCACGGGAGACGAUGGUCUCGAAGCCAUCGCCAUCGUGGGAUUGAGUUGUAGAUACCCUGGUUCAUCAAACCCUCAGAAGCUAUGGACCAAUCUUGCGACCGGUACCUCGGCCUGGUCCAAAGGGCCGCAGAAGCGGUUCAAUAUGGAGGCAUUCUAUGAUCCUAAUAACAGCACUGCAAGUGUGACAAACACCAACGGCGGCCACUUCCUUGACGAAGACAUCGCCGCCUUUGAUGCUCCAUUCUUUGGCAUUCAUGCUGUUGAGGCCAGGGCCAUGGACCCGCAACAACGCAUGAUGCUAGAGGUUGCAUACGAAUCUUUUGAGAAUGCCGGUAUGACAACGGAGCAGCUGUGGUCUUCAAAUGCGGGCGUGUACGUUGGGCAGUGGACUUCAGACUACGCCGAGGUCCUCUCCCGCGAUACUGAGUACCCGGCCACCUAUCACGUUACUGGAUCAGGCCCUGCCAUUACCUCAAACAGAAUAUCAUACCAGUUCAAUCUGCAGGGUCCUAGUUUGACUGUCGACACUGGCUGCUCCUCAAGUUUGGUUGCGCUGCACUUGGCGGUGCAGAGUCUCCGGUCCAAAGAAACCGAGAUGGCCUUCGUCGGCGGUGUCAACCUCCUGGCGGACCCGCAGCGUUUCACGUACCAGAGCAAGCUGAAGAUGUUCUCGGUCGAUGGAAAGUCCUUUGCCUUUGACCACCGCGCCAACGGCUACGGUCGAGGUGAGGGUUGCGGCGGUCUCGUGCUGAAGCCACUGUCCAAGGCGUUGCGAGAUGGCGACAAUGUGCGCGCCAUCAUCCGCAACACCGUCCUCAACCAGGACGGUCGAACCCCUGGCAUCAGUGUGCCCAGCGGCGAGGCCCAGGAAAAGGCCAUCCGAAAGGCCUACAAGGACGCAGGACUGGAUCUCAGUGUCGACUACGUUGAGGCUCACGGUACCGGUACUGCCGUUGGUGAUCCCAUCGAGGUAGAGGCCAUCGCCUCGGCUCUGUCCAAGGACCGCAACCCCAACAAUAAACUCCCAAUCGGUUCGAUUAAGGGUAAUAUUGGCCACACCGAGAGUGCUGCCGGUGUUGCGGGCCUCAUCAAGGCCGUUCUCAUGCUUGAAAAGGGCUCUAUCCCGCCUCAAGUCAACUUUGAGAAGCCCAACGAAAAGAUUCUGAUUAACUCCGAAUUAGAGUCUCGCGCGCUUAAUCGAAUUUCCGUCAACAGCUUCGGUUAUGGCGGUACCAAUGCUCACGUCAUUGUCGAAAAUGCGAAGCAUCUUCAGCCCGCUGUGGAAACUCAGCCUGCAACCACCGUGGAUGUCCAGCCCCGCGUCUUCAUCAUCAGCGGUGCGAGCGAGAACAGCUGCCAAAGCUUUGCGACCACCCUCGCAGAGUUCGUGUCACUGACCUCCACCUCCAUCACUGACAAGCGCUGGAUGGACCGGCUCGCCUACACUCUGAACAGGCGAACAAAGCACAGGCAUCGCGCGAUUGUUGUGGCUGAGACUCCCGAGAUUCUGGUUUCAAGCCUUCAGGCCAUCGCCGAGCAGCCCGUGGCUGCCAACACGGGCGACUUGAAGACCAGAAUUGGCUUCGUCUUCAGCGGCCAAGGUGCUCAGUACUUUAACAUGGGACGCGAGCUCAUUAAUGUCUGGCCUGAUUUCACCUCAUCCCUGAAGCGAGCUAACCGUCAGCUCGCCAAGAUGGGCUGCACUUGGGAUGUUCUUACUGAACUCGAGCGAGACGCCAAGGAGACCCGCCUUGACGAGCCGCGAUUCGGACAGCCGCUCUCCACGGCCAUCCAGCUGGCUCUGAUCGAUACUCUCUCUGCCCUUGGAAUUGAGCCCACGGCGGUCGCUGGCCACUCCAGUGGUGAAAUUGCUGCUUCGUACGCCGCUGGGUACCUCUCCUUUGAGAACGCCAUGAAGGUGUCGUAUCACAGAGGCCGGCUUACCAGCCAGCUUCUCGACCGCGAGACGGAUUUACAGGGCGGCAUGAUCGCCGUUGGAGCCUCCUCCAGGGUCGUCGAUGGCUACAUUGCGAGCCUUCCAGACUCUGAGCGACUCACCAUCGCCUGUUACAAUAGUCCCUCAAGUGUGACAGUCUCUGGAGACAUGCCCGCCAUCCAGGAGCUGAGCAAGCUGCUAGAGGAGGAGGCUGUCUUUAACCGUGUUCUUCGUACACGGGGAGCAGCCUACCAUUCUGACCAGAUGCGUCGAAUCGAGGAUGAAUACCGCGAGGCACUGGAAGGACUGGAGGUGGAGACGUCCGAGACUGGCGUCACCAUGGUCUCAUCCUUGACCGGAUCUCCCAUCGAGGAUGCCCACGAGCUCAACGAGGAGUACUGGUGCAGCAACCUCGUUUCUCCCGUAUACUUUGAGGACGCCCUGUGGGGUCUGUGCCAAGCCGAUGAUGGGUCUGCCAACGUCGACAUGGUUCUGGAGAUUGGCCCUCACUCGACACUCGAGGGCCCCGUGAAGCAGACCAUCCAGACGUUCGAGGGAGACGCCAGCGGCGUCAAGUACGUCAACACGCUGAAGAGAAAGGUCUCGGCCUCCAAGGCCCUUCUCGGCUGCUUGGGCCAUUUGUUCAGCGACGGCGUCGACUUCGACUUCCACUACGCCAACGGCGGAUUCGAGGACGAGAUGUUGACGCUGAUGGCCGAGGCGCCGCCUUACGCUUUCGACCACGAGCAGACGUACUGGCACGAGAGCAGAGUGUCCAAGGAGUACACUCAGCGUCAGUUUCUCCCCCACGAGCUGAUCGGCAACCUCUCCGCCGAUGUCAACCGCCUCGAGCCUCGCUGGCGACGCAUCUUGACGCUCAAGGAGCUCCCCUGGUUGCAGAACCACGUCAUCCAAGGCCAAUGCGUCUUCCCUGCCGCUGGCUACCUUGCCAUGGCGCUCGAGGGAAUGCGACGCUUCAAGAAGAUGAGCGAGCCUGCCAUCGAGAUUGAGGGCUACACCUUCCGCAGCAUCAACAUCGGCAAGGCCUUGGUCAUCAGCCAAGAUUCAGCUGACGAGGUUUGCCUUUCUAUCCGACCUGAGCCUCGGUCGGCUCGCGGCUCGUCGAGCUCUUGGAUGGAGUUCCGGAUCUUCACCGUUGCGUCGGGUGACAGCUGGAACGAACACUGUCGUGGUCUCAUCAAUGUGACGACCAUUGACGGCAACGAAGCUCACAAUGCCAAGGCCUCCGACCUAGCCAGCUUCCAGAGGGAUGUCCAGGGGGCGAUUGAGAACAGCCAGCAGAGCGUCAGCCCUCAAAAGUUUUACUACCUCAGCCGAGAUAUCGGCCUCGACUGGAAGUCACCUUUCGACAACGUCGUCGAACUCAAGCUCGGUGACAGUACUUCAGUCGGCAAGGUUCAGUGUCCUGAUGUGGGCUCGGAAACUACCAGCCUCGGCGAGCCUAAAUACGUCGUCCAUCCUGGUACCCUUGAUUCGGCCCUGUUCCACGGCUUGUGCUCCAUCCUGCUCUUGAAGAACGGCCUCAAGUCUCCUGCUGUGCCUACCUUUAUUCAGGAUCUCUACAUCUCGGCCAAGUAUUCUGAGGUGCAGGGUUCUCAGCUCACCUGCUAUUCCACAAGAAAGGAAGGCCAUUUCACCUUUGACGUGGGUGUGAGCGAAGGCUCCGGAGCCAAUGAACGAGUCGUGGUGCGGGCUGAGGGUGUCACUGCUACUCAGCUCCCGGGAGAUGUCAUCCUGUCCAGCUCUCGCGAGCUUGUCCACCAGAUCCAAUGGGUCACUUACACAGAGAACAUGACACCAAAGCACGUCGGAGAGUUGUGCAGUUCGGUCGUCACUCGAGACUCCGUUGCGGGGCACAACAAGCAUCUUGAUGCACGGGUGUUGUCGCACAUUCAGCGCGCAAUCAAGGCCCUCCCACUAAGCCAGGUGUCCGAGGAGCACCACCGUCAUUGGUACGACUGGAUGCAGUCCCAUGCCACUGACAAAAUCGACGUCUCGAAGAUGGGAACUCAUGGCUUGAACCGGGAUCUAGAGGGCGAAGCAGAGGCCAUCAGCAGAAUCGGCGACAACCUCGUUGAUAUCCUCAGCGGCAAGACCGAGCCUUUGGCCCUCCUACAAGAUGGCGGGCUGCUCUCUUCGCUGUACUCCAACGAGCGCUGCCAGCGCUGCUACAGCCAGAUGUCCGCCUACGUCAGCGAACUUGUCAAGCAGAAGCCUGGCAUGAAGGUGAUUGAGAUUGGUGCCGGAACAGGUUCUGCUUCCGAGCCCAUGCUGAAGGCCAUGUGCCCUGAUGGCAGGAGGCUCAUCUCUCGAUAUGACUUUACCGAUAUUUCUCCCAGCUUCUUCGAGACUGUCAAGGGACGUCUCGCUGACUUUUCCGAUGUUGUCAACUAUCGCGUGCUGGAUGUUGAGCAGGAUCCCACGACUCAGGGUCUAGAGGAAGGGUCUUAUGACCUUGCUAUCGCUUGCAACGUCAUUCAUGCCACCAGUUCGAUCGGCGAGUCUCUGGAUCGUGUGAGAGCUCUUCUCCGCCCCGGGGGUGUCCUGCUCCUUAUGGAGAUCACCAAGGAUGCGCUGUACUACAACUUGGUGUUCGGGUCUCUCCCAGGCUGGUGGGCCGGCGACAAGGAAGGCAGACGCAUGUCGCCGCUCAUUCCUGACUCGGAGUGGAACACUACGCUCACUUCGCACGGCUUCAACAAGCCCAUGGCUACCUUUAAGGAUUAUGAAGAAUCCAGCGGAGGCACGCUCAGCGUCUUCCUCGCCACCACGGCGCCAGCCUAUCCCAAGUCGCUGGUUCACCAGGUGCAGGUCAUUACCGACAAAUCGAAGACCAGCGAGAUCUCAGGCCUUGUGGACACCUUGAGCGUCUCUCUGGGUGCCCAAAACGUCUCCUCGUCGGAUCUCAUGGCUCCGACUACUUCUGAAGGCAUCACCGUCUUCCCCCCGGAGGUUUGCGAAGCCUUCAUCGAAGACGUGGAUCCAAAGUCAUGGGACAGCUUCAAGAACCGCCUGCUGACUUCCAAGGCCGUCCUUUUCAUCACCAGGGGCGCAACUCGAGACUGCAAGCGACCGCGAGGCGCCAUGCUCACCGGCUUUGCGCGCAGUUUCAGGAUUGAGCACCAGGACAUCCGAAUGGUCAACGUUGACUUUGACCUGGAUACAGAUGUGGCCACUUGCCGAGAAUUGGUGGCCAAGGUCCUGAAGAGCCCUUCGUUUGAUCUGGAGCAGAAUGACGCAGACGUGGAACACGAGUUCUCUGAGCACCAGGGUCAACUUUACGUUCCCCGCGCAUUCCAAGAGAAGACGAUUGGAAACCAUGUCCGUGACUCCAACGGCCAGUCCAAGCCCGAGAUGGCUUCGUUCGUGGACAACGAUCGCACUUUGGUCGCACAGACAGAGGUCGCCGGCCUCCUCGACACUCUGCGAUGGAAGGACGAUGAGAAUUCCGGGCCUCCUGGUCCUGAUGAGAUCCAGAUUGAGCUUCGGGCCGCCAGUAUCAACUUCAAAGACGUCCUCAUCGCCGCCGGCCAGCUCGAGGGCGUCACUGAGAUGCGAAACGACUGCGCCGGUAUCGUGACGCACGUCGGCAUCAACAUGAUGGACCGCUUCAGGAAGGGCGACCGCGUGUGCUGCUAUUACUCCCGGUCAUACACCAACCGGCCCCGCGUCCACGGUGACUGCUGUGCCGUGAUCCCCGAGCGUCUCAGCUUCGAGGAGGCCGCUUCGUUGCCCAUUGUGUGGGCUACAGUGUACUACUCGCUCAUCCACAAGGGCCGCUUGGCCAAGGGCGAGAGCGUCCUCAUCCACUCGGCCGCCGGUGCAGUCGGCCAGGCGGCGAUUAUCUUGGCCCAGCACAUCGGCGCCGAGGUCUUCGUCACGUGCGGCAGCGCGGACAAGAGGAAGUUCCUCACAGAGACGUAUGGCAUCUCCGAUGACCACAUCUUCUCCAGCAGGACGACGGCGUUCGGCAAGGCCAUCCGCGACAUGACUGGCAAGGGAGGCGUCGAUGUAGUCCUCAACUCCCUGGGUGGCGACGUGUUCCGCGAGUCGUGUAACACGGUUGCGCCCUACGGUCGCUUCGUCGAGAUUGGCCGAAAGGAGUUCCUCGAUGACAUGCUGAUGCCGGCCAAGUUCUUGCUCAAGAACAUCACCUUCGCCUACGUGGAUCUGGCGCUCCUCAUUGACGACAACAAGCCUCUUGUUGGCCAAUUGCUGCAAAAUGUCAUGGAUCUCAUGUCGUACGGCGCUAUCCGUCCAACUUCCAUCACCACCAUGCCCAUCUCAGAGAUUGAAGCAGCGUUCCGCCACAUCCAGGCAGGAAAGCACAUUGGUAAGGUGAUUUUGAAGGUUGAAGACGACCAGCAGGUCAAGAUUGUACCUCCCGCGCCCGCACCCGCGCAACUCAAGCACGAUGGUGCCUAUCUUGUAAUUGGUGGCCUGGGUGGCCUUGGAAAGGGCAUUGUGCGAUGGAUGGGAGCUCACGGAGCCCGACGCAUCAUCGCAGUGUCCCGAUCCGGCACCUGUGACGAUGAAGCCGUGGCGGUUAUCCAGGAUAUGCGCGGCCAAGGCAUCUCUGUCGAGAUCGAGCGAUGCGACAUUACCUCGCUUCCGGCCGUCGAGGCCCUGAUCAAGAAGAUCGAGCGUGGCCAGAAUGCCUCGCCUAUUCGCGGAGUCAUUCAAUCAGCCAUGGUGGUCAAGGAUACGAGAUUUGACAACAUGGAGUAUGAUCAAUGGUACGCCACCCAUCGCCCCAAGACCAAGGGAACGUGGAACUUGUACACGGCACUGCCCAAGACGAUUGACUUCCUCGUCAUGAUGUCCUCGGCCGUCGCCAUCAGCGGUAACGCAGGCCAAACCAACUAUGCCGGAGCCUGUACUUACCAGGACGCCCUGGCGCACUUCCUUCGCACCCAAGGGCUUCCAGCCUACUCUAUCAAUGUCGGUGCUGUUGCCGAUAGUGGCUUUGUGGCCGAGAACCCUGAAGUUGCUGCCGCAUUGCGCCGAAAGGGCUUCGGUACUAUUGCCACUAAGGAAAUGCUGGCUACUCUCAACUAUGUGCUGGCAAACACCGCGGCCUUCCAGGUCGACGACUGUCAAUGUGUCAUUGGCCUCGUUCCCAAGGGUAACGAGCCUGGCCUGCGGCCGGGCGUAUGGGUCAAUGACAGCAAGUUUAGACACCUGUCACACCGCAACAGCGGGUCACAGGAGUCAUCUGAUUCCGGCGAGGUUGGCGAGACCAUCAGUUCCGCGCAGACGGCAGAGGAAGCCGUCAACCUCAUUUGCGAGGCCAUCAUCCAACAGCUUAGCAAGUUGCUUGCUACGCCUGUCAAGUACCUGUCCGAGGAUCGCAGCCUGGAUGACUAUGGCGUUGACUCUCUUGUUGCGGUGGAGCUCAGGAACUGGAUCGGCGCCUUCUUGCAGGCGAAUAUUCCGCUCUUGGUUCUUCGCAAGACAACCAGUGUCAGGGAAUUGGGAGGUCUUGUUGCCAAGGAAUCUAGAUUAGUUUCUGUGAAGCCCGAGUAA